AUGGAUAAUAAUCGCACCACGAAGAUGUCGGUGCUUUACCAAUGCGUUGGAAUGCUUCUGCUUUUCAUCGUCUUCCUCGUGGUGUGGUUCAUCGCAUGUCGUCGAAACCGACAUUUAAUUGAUAUGGAAGUCCCGUUGCUCUCGGGUGAAUCCGUUGAUCAUCGAAUAGACGCAGCAACUCGAGAAGCAGCAGCUGGGUACAGCAUCUGCUCUAGUUGUGAGUUUGAAAACUUUAAACGCUUUGAGUAUUGCGUCUUGUGUGGUGACAAACUCCCGUCAUUGUCUAUGACAACGGCUGAGGACGUGAGUGAUGAAGAGGAACAACAACAAUAUCAUCCCAUGGAUGACUCGGACAGAGGAGGGGCGGCUUAUCUCGUGGUGAAUGGAGGAGCUAAAAUGGCGCAUUUACUAUCACCUCGACCGAGGAAAUUGUCGUCUUUGAGUCGACAACAACGUCGCGCUAGAAACCGUCGAGAGUGGAGUAGAAAGCUUGACGUGGAAGGAAACUUUUUCUGGUACCGCAGUGGAGGUGGCAAUUUGCCAGUUAGUACUGAAAUGAAUGUACUUAUGCCUGGGUAUACAGUGCGUUUUAAGUUUCCGGAGGAGAAGGAAGUGCAGGAGGAGGUGAAGGACCAGGAGCAGGAGAGAUUGAUGACGGAAAUUGAGCCGACAGUGGCUGCUGUACUCUCGCAGUAUGUGAAAGACAAUGCCCUUGAAAAACCCGUGCUGCCUACGGACGUGAAAAUAGAACUGACUGAGGCUUUAGCAUCGGAUCCGGCGGAAUUCUCGACGGGAAAGUCGUCGCUUGUCGAUGCUGGUCCUGAGCGACGAAAGGAAAUGGUGGCCAUGGCGGCUAGUGACUUUCCUUCCAAGUAUGCACACUUUGUAGUCAAUACUGCUUCGCUCAUUGUGCCUGCAGAAGUUGAGUUUCUCAAGUUGUCAGUGCACCGUGACUACAUGCUGGAAGAGUCCCUGGACCACAUGUACUGCAUUCAGCCAAAGAAUUUGCGUUCUUUUAUGCGCAUUAACUUUUUGGAUGAAAGUGGCGUGGAUGCUGGUGGUGUGCAUCGCGAAUGGUUUAUGCUGGUGAAUGAACUGCUGGCUUCGCCGACGCUGCGACUCUUUACCUGCCAGAACAAGGCCGACCAGAGCUUCUUUAUCAAUUCGCAGUCCCACGCCGAGGUGGGGGAAGACCACCUUGCUUAUUACUUUGCCACUGGACGAUUAAUUGGUCGGGCACUGUUGGAAGGUGGAAUUUGGGGAUUUCAUCUUGCACUUCCGUUACUAAAAGUGAUCUUGGGCGUGCCAGUAACUUUUGCUGACAUGGAGUUCCUAGAUCCAGAAACGUAUCGCAGUCUGCGAUGGUUGAUGGACAACGAUGGCGUGGAUGAUCUUGGGCUCGAUUUUAGUCUUACCGAGCAGGUAAAUGAGUCUAAAGUGGUGGUGGACUUGAUUCCGAAUGGACGAAAUGUGGCUGUCACAGAUGCGAACAAACGCACAUAUUUGGACCGUCGUUUCCGCUACGUACUCUUUGAGAGUGUGGCAGAUCAAAUGUACGCUUUCUUGACAGGUCUCUAUGAAGUCAUUCCCCGCGAGUUGUUACUUAUCUUCGACCCAGAAGAGUUUGACUAUCUUCUUUGUGGGUCCCCAGAAGUUGAUGUUACUGAUUGGGAGGCUCACACUGUUCUCACUCCUAAUCUCCAGGAUGCUAACGUGACCCGCUGGUUUUGGGAGAUCGUUAGUCAGAUGCCGAACGAGUACCGUCGGCGCCUUUUGCUAUUUGCAACAGGAUCAGCAUGCGUUCCGUUGGCUGGUUUCGGUGGCCUCACUAGCUACGAUGGUCGUCUAUGCCCGUUUAGCUUAAAGGGUGUAUCGUACCGAAUGACGCAGUACAUUUCAAGCCACGCGUGUUUUAACCGUUUGGAUUUGCCGCUGUAUCAUAAGAAGAAGGAGUUGAAGAGCAUGUUGUAUGCCACUCUGGACAACGAUCUUACGGGUUUCACAACGGCAUAA